AUGGCGUACCUCUGCGCCGAGUGUCGCGCGGCCGGCGUGCGGGCCGAACCUGGCGCAGCGACUACCGACUUCCUCGUGUGCUGUUCAUUCUGUGGACGGGUUGAUGAGGCAGCGACGGCGGGGAAGAACACGGUCGACGAGACAGCGCAAUGGGGCGCGCUGAUGAACGAGCACGGCGUUUCUACCGUCUCCUUCGAUGAGUAUCGCGAGAAGCAGCACGAGGACUUUGUGAACCGGAUACUGGAUGCCUAUCUGCUCGACGGUCGGAGCCGCCUCACACUGCAGCCCGCGGACCACUUCAAAGCCGGCGCACGACAUUGGUACAACCUCCUGCGCGGGCGGGAGUCGACGACGAAACAGUUCAAACACGCGACGACGAGCAACACGGCGAAGAAGGUAGCGUACCGCCUCGCUGUUGCAGUGCAGCUCUCAAUUACCGAGAGCAACGUCUUUGUCGUGAACAACCGCCUGGCACACGUCAAGCCUCUCGAACCCGGACGCAGCAGCGCCGCCCGCGGAGACGGCACGAUCAUGGCCCCAAGCCUCAGAGCAAUCUUCGAGCGCGCGAACUCUCUCGACCCACACCACCCGGCGUACCUCGAAAGCUGGGAGAUGCUCCGCCUUACGGGGCGUGCUUUUCGCGAUCUCCGCCCACCACCGCCUGCCGCCGACGCCGUGCUCGCCCAGGCGUUCGUGCUCAUGAACCGGAUACAAUAUCUGGUUAAGCUGGGAGAUGAGGAGCGGAUACGGGAAUACCAGGUGCGCGACCUGACACCAAACGCUCUCCGCCGUCGUGUGAAACUGGAGUCGGCGCGCCCGGAGGACUACCAGCUCAGUCCGGCCUCGUGGACACUGCUCGGCACCGUCGAUUGGGAGCGCGUCCUGACGACGGCAUAUGGCCUGUUCUGCGCACAGCAAACUGUCUGCCUCUGGGGCAGCCGUACUUCGGUCAACGUCUCCGCUGCCCUUCUGCUUGUGUCCCUCGAGGCCGAGAUCGGCGACGUGCUGGCCUCUCUCACGGCCCUCACGAGAGAGUUGGUCCUCCCACACGCCGGAAGUGAGCACAAUGUGCUCCGCCGUCGGUCAGAACUGCAGCGCCUCAUCGUCGGCUGGAGCUCCAGUUUUCCCACUGCGCGUCUCACGAUACCCAUUAUCCCGCCGCCGAAGAAGGGCACCGUCGGCACCGGUCUGACGGGGUAUGCUAGCGACAAGCGCCGCGGCAUACCAGAGGCAGUCAUGGUGAAUGCGGCUGCGCCAGUGGUUGCGGCGCACUGGGACUUGCUGAUGCGUACCCGGCUUGCUACACGAAAUCCCCCCUGGUCCCUUCGGCGAGAGUAUCGGACAGCCGCAGAAAUGUUCGCCCGUGCACACAACCACGACAUGCAAAUGCGCAAGAUCGCGGCGAAGAACGCCAAGAAGGCUCAGGCGGCUGCGCGUAAGACGGCUUCGACGCCGGCAUCGCGGCAUCCCAGCCCCGCAUCCCCCUCUGUUGUCUCACUUCGCGCAGUGUCGCAGCCACCAGGCGCGGCUCUGCCGACACCAAGAGGUUCGACGCCGGGAGCGGGGAGAAAGCCAACGAGCAGAGAGGACAUGCUCCGCAUGAUGGACGUGCCGAUCGAAACGCUGCUGGCAACGCGAGAGGACAGCUCGGAUGAAGAGGCGGAUGCUGAAACGGACGACGAAUCGCGGCCCGACAUUCUCACAGGUGAUACCCGGCCCAGCUCCGUGCCGUUCGGCUUCAGCAUUGGACCAGACGGGUUCAGCGUUGCCCGCGACGCCUCGGAGCCGCCAAAACGACCCGCUCCCAUAGCAACCGAGGUAGCGUCCAAACGUCCCCGGAUCGGUCCUCAAAUCCCUCUGUCACCGCCGACAACAGCCUCAAGCCGUGAGCCUUCCCCAGCUCGCACCGUCCGCAUCCUCAAGACAUCGCGAGCGACAACGGCCGCGACCUCUCUGCGCUCCGUUUCCAUGUCGCCCACUCCCUCGCACGCCUCGACUCUUGUGCCCGUGCAGGAAAGCGACGCGACGCGGCACAUCGGCCUUCUCCUGCGUGAGCGCGAGAUCUACGCCUUCUUCAAUGCAGACGCCGAGCGGCGCCGCGGUUUCGCCGUGUCAAAGGAGAUCGAGGCAGCGAUGAACGCAUGGCUCUCUGCGCAACGCAAGACGGGCAAAAUACCUGCCAAGUUGGACGCGGCUUACUACAAGCAACUAGGCUUCGAUGGUGACCCGCACGAAGUUGAUGUCGGGCCGUUCAUCGCACGACACAGCGAGUGGUCGCCGACGGAGUGUCUACUCAGACUCGGCAUCCGGCCGAUCGAGUUUCCAGCACACUUCGUCGUACACUCGAUGGCUCAGCUGCGUAGAGAGCUUUACGGCGAGGAUCCUGAAGCCGAACUCGCACCAGAGGGCGAGCUUAUCGGCCCAGGCGAGCUCGACCGGGAACUUGCUGUGCUGUUCGCUACGCCUGGAGAGCGGAUUAGCGAUAUUCUCUGCUCCGAGACUGAGGUGCAGCAGAGGAGGACACUGUAUGAGCGCAUCUGGGCUGAGAGCGAGGGACGCUGUGUCGCUGCUGCUCAGAAGCAGAUUGACUCGACUGGCGUCGUGGAGGACGAUGACGAGGGCGAAGAAGAAGCGGUAGCGGCCCCAGUGCAGAGAGGCAGUAGACGGAUCAAUAUGGCCGUACUCGCCAAGCUCUGCGGCGAUGAGGAGGACGAAGACAUAGGCGCCGCAAUGCGGUAUGACGGGCUUGGGAUCCCGAGCGUCGGCGGACUGGGGGAGGACGAGGAGGAAGACUAG